AUGGCUAAAGGUGAUCCCAAGAAGCCAAAGGGCAAGAUGUCUGCUUACGCCUUCUUUGUGCAGACAUGCAGAGAGGUACAUAAGAAGAAAAACCCAGAAGUUCCUGUCAAUUUUGCAGAAUUUUCUAAGAAGUGCUCUGAAAGGUGGAAGACAAUGUCGGCCAAAGAGAAAUCUAAGUUUGAUGAGAUGGCAAAGGCAGAUAAAGUACGCUAUGAUCGGGAAAUGAAGGAUUACGGACCAGCUAAGGGAGGCAAGAAGAAGAAGGACCCGAAUGCCCCCAAAAGGCCACCGUCUGGAUUUUUCCUUUUCUGCUCCGAAUUCCGCCCCAAGAUUAAAUCCACAAACCCUGGGAUUCCUAUUGGCGAUGUGGCAAAGAAGCUGGGCGAGAUGUGGAAUAACCUAAGUGACAGCGAAAAGCAGCCUUACAACAAGGCUGCCAAACUGAAGGAGAAGUAUGAGAAGGAUGUCGCCGACUAUAAGUCCAAAGGCAAGUUCGAUGGUGCAAAGGGUCCCGCUAAAGUUGCCCGGAAAAAGGUGGAAGAAGAAGAUGAAGAAGAGGAGGAGGAAGAGGAGGAGGAGGAAGAAGAGGAGGAGGAGGAGGAGGAUGAAUAA